AUGGUUAUGAAUCCGGAUGAUAUUGCUCUCUCACUCAACAAGAUAUUCUCCUUAGAAAACGAUCGAGUUUAUUAUCCUUUAAUUGAAUAUGGAAGCAAAAGUGCAAAACCAAACAUCUCUACUGGUGAUACGAAUUCUUCCUAUUACCACACUCAGGCUUCGAUUCGUAGAAAUAGGAAUCAAAUAAAGGAAAUCUCUUUACCAAAUGGCGAUUUGGUAUCGUGCCCCUUGGCCAUUGCUGAAGCCUUAACGCAAGCUUUUAAAGUUCGUUUCUCUUCCGACCCGUUUUCGCAAUUUGAUGAAACUCUUGAUUUCUCUUUACUUGAUCCCAUUAUUUCCGAGGAUGAUAAUAUGUUCCUCACCGCUUCUGUUUUAGGUGAGGAGAUUAGAAGUGCAGUUUUUAAUUUAGCCCCUGAUAAGGCUCCCGGGCCUGAUGGUUUCCCCCCUUAUUUUUUCCAAAAAUAUUGGACCCUAGUUGGGAAUAGUGUUGUUAGGGUUGUCCAAGCCUUUUUCCACUCGGGGCACCUGUUAAAGGCUAUUAAUCAUACUUUCCUUGCGUUGAUCCCCAAAAUAGACAAUCCUUCUUCUCCAAAUCAUUUUCGUCCUAUCAGCUUGUGUUCCACUAUAUACAAGAUUAUUGCGAAAGUCAUGACUAUUAGAUUGAAGGAGGUGAUGGGUAAGAUCAUUCACCCCUUUCAAGGUGCUUUCAUUCCUGACCGGUUAAUUCAAGAUAAUAUUCUUAUUGCUCAUGAAAUUUUCCAAUCUUUCAAAUGUAAGUCCGGUGCUACGGGCUGGAUUGCCAUUAAAUUAGACAUGGAAAAGGCUUAUGAUCGGUUAGAAUGGGGGUUCAUUCUUACCUCCUUAGAAAAAUUGGGCUUCUCGGCCCAAUGGGUUGCUUGGAUUAAGGCUUGCAUUUCGUCUCCUUCCUUUUCUGUGCUUGUCAAUGGAAUCCCUGGUGAUCAAUUUCGUUCUUCCCGGGGGAUUCGGCAGGGUGAUCCUUUAUCACCCUAUCUUUUUAUUCUAUGUGCAGAACUGUUAGCCCGCCUUUUGUCAUCAGCAGCUGUUGGUCCUGGUAAGCCUAUUGGGGUUCCCAUAGGUAAAUCUGGUGUCCGUGUUCCUUUCCUGACAUUUGCAGAUGACACUAUGAUUUUCGCUAAAGCCUCUGAUUAUAGUUGUAUCAUUAUUAGACAAAUUCUGGAUAAAUACUGUAAGAUGUCUGGUCAGCUGGUAAAUUAUCAUAAGUCUUCUUUCCAAUGCACUUCGAAUGUUUCUUUGGAGUCUAAAACCCGUUUUGAAUCCAUUCUUGGUAUGCGUGAAGUUUCGGAUUUGGGGGACUAUUUGGGUUGUCCUAUAAUUAGCACGAGAGUGUCUAAAGAUACUUUUAGUUCGAUCACUACUAAAACCUUAUCUCAGCUACCUAAAUGGAAGGCGAAUUCGUUAUCCCAAGCAGGUCGGGCUGUUCUUGUUCAGUCAAACCUAGCUGCUAAGGCUAGUUACCAAAUGCAGAGCUUUCUUUUGCCAAAAUCCCUUCUCUCUGGUUUAGAUCGGAUUUAUCGUAAUUUUUUCUGGAAUAAGGCUGCUGAUGUUAAGUCUCCUAAUCUCAUAGGUUGGGACCGUAUCUGUACUCCCAAAGCUGCUGGGGGUUUAGGGUUCAGAAAGGCGGAUGUGAAUAAUAAGGCUCUCCAAAUGAAACUUCUAUGGCGUAUUAUUAAGGAAGAUAAUAAUUUGUGGGUCACCUUGAUUCGAAAACGUUACAUCAAACGGCAAAAUAUUUUUUCCAUUAAAGCUUCUAAAUCUUCUUCUUGGCAGUGGCGGAAUUUGUUAAGUCUUAGGGAUCUGUUCAAAAAAGGCUUGCGCUGGCAAGUUGGUGAUGGUAAGCUUAUUAAGUUCUGGUCGGAUAAUUGGCUUUUUCAGUACCCCUUGCAAAAUAUCAUCACUCCGCCUCAUGGUGUUUCCGAUCUCCUGGUAUGUCAAUGCCUUUCCCCUUCUAAGUGUUGGAACACGACCUUUCUCCUUUCUCUUGUUCCCCCUCAUAUUGUCUCUCUUAUUUCGUCAAUAUAUGUUCCUAUUUCUGAUCAGCCUGACCGGUUGAUUUGGGGUCUUACGACUGAUGGUGAGUACACUGUUAAGUCGGGGGCCCUGCUCGCGCAGGGUCUCACUCCUGCUUCCUUUGAGAAAGUUGAAUUUCGUUGGAUUUGGAACCUUGCGAUUCCGCCAAAGGUUAAGAAUUUCCUUUGGAAAGCCUGUAAUGAUGGCCUGCCCUCUAAAGCUCGUUUAGAGAGAAGCCAUAUUUUUCUUCCUCAUCAGUUUGUUUUCUGCAAUAAUGCUACCGAAACGGUAGCGCAUCUUUGUUUUGCUUGCCCUUUCACGCUUGAUAUUUUUGCUCAUCUUCAAGCCUUGUCCAACUGGCCUUCGCCUGCGACGUGCUUAGCUGACCUUAAUUUAUCUUCUUUUCGCUCGGUGUUUGAGGCCUGUGCGAGUCUUUCGUCUAAGGACGAUAUUUCGAAAUUCGCCUUUGUAUGGUGGUUUGUGUGGUUUUUCAGGAAUAAGGUCAUUUUUAAUGAUGAGUCUUUUUCCUCAAGGAGGGUGAGUCAUGUUAUUAAUUCGUUUUUUGUGUCCUGGUCUUCUGCCGUGUCUUCAGAGGAGGUUAUUUCUAGUCUUCCUCUGUCGGGUCUCGGUGCUUCUAAGAUUAAACGGUCGGGUCCCGCUUGCUGCUGGUCUCCUCCUCCCCCAGGUUGGUAUAAGCUGAAUUUUGAUGGUUCGAAGCUAGCUAAUGGUAGUGCAGCCUGUGGUUUUGUUAUUAGGAAUUCUUUGGGUGAUCCCCUCCUUUCUGGAGGUAGGGCCCUGGGGCAGAACAUUUCGGUCCUUCAGGCUGAAGCUUGGGGUUUAUUGGAGGGUCUCUCUGCGGCUUCCUCCCUCAGCAUUUCCCGGUUAAUUAUUGAGGGUGACAACCUUGUGGUUCAGCACUGUUAUCGGGAAGCUAAUAAAGUUGUUGAUCUUUUGGCAAAUCGUGGCUCGGUGGCAAUUGCUCUUCCUAAGGGCACCAGCACCACCCCGCCUUUUGCGCCAAGCGAUAAAGGCCAUGAAGUGCUCACGGACAUGAGAAAGCUCUUCCCGACUGUUUUUCGUCCAAGAAAUGGUGAUCGUUUUUUGCAGUCUGUCCCCAGUCCUGGUGUUGGACACUAA